AUGGCAACAGACGCAGCAUCGCCGCGACCGCACAGACAUAGUAUUACCGCGGACGACUGGCCGGAGGAACAUCUCAGUCCCAGGCGUCACUCGUUAGGCGGCAGUCAUGCUCAUGUGAGGGAGCAGGGACUGAACACCGGAGUCCGGGUAAUGGAUGAUGGACGACUGGACAUCAAGAUCCGUGAACACAAGCCCUGGCUACUCAAGUUAAUCAACCAACUCGAGAAAUACCCGAAGCCCCUCGUAAACGACCGCAGGCCAUCAUUUAUUGUUACAGAAGGACAGGAUAAGUUCCCGCUACGACUGAACAUUGUCAUUCAAGUCGUCGGUUCGCGCGGCGACGUUCAACCCUUCGUCGCGCUGGGAAAGGAACUCCAAAAACACGGUCACAGGGUACGACUCGCCACGCAUCUUUCAUUCCGCGAAUAUGUUAGCGAGACGGGGCUGGAAUUUUUCAAUAUUGGCGGCGAUCCGGCGGAAUUGAUGGCGUUUAUGGUGAAAAAUCCCGGGCUGAUGCCGGAUAUGCGGACGCUUCGUAGCGGAGCGAUUCCCAAGCGACGGCGGGAAAUGAAGGCUAUUUUCUCCGGGUGCUGGCGCUCCUGUUUUGAGACUGGGGAUGGGACCGGGAUGCAUCAUAUUAAGGAGGACCCAUGGAGUGAGACACCGGAUUGUACGACGCGGCCGUUUGUCGCGGAUGUUAUUAUUGCCAACCCGCCGAGUUUUGCGCACUUGAGCUGUGCGGAGAAGAUGGGGAUUCCGUUGAAUAUGAUGUUUACGAUGCCGUGGUCGGCAACACAGUCGUUCCCGCAUCCGUUGGCUAAUGUCCGGACGCAAACUACGAAACCGUCUGUUGCGAAUUUUGCCUCGUAUGCUAUUGUCGAGGUGAUAAUGUGGGAGGGGCUUGGGGACCUCAUUAAUCGCUUGCGCAAGAGGGAGCUGGGUCUCGAUCCAUUGGACGCGAUCCGCGCUCCUAGUAUUGCGCAUCGGUUGCGAAUACCAUAUACCUAUCUUUGGUCUCCAUCCCUUUUACCUAAGCCCCAAGACUGGGGCGACAAUAUCGACGUCUGCGGAUUCCAGUUUCUACCCAGUGACACCGACUACAAGCCGCCCGACGAUCUCGAUGCCUUCCUCAAAGCAGGCGAACCCCCAGUUUACAUCGGAUUCGGUUCCAUCGUAGUUGACAACCCAGCCAAACUAACCUCAAUUGUCUUCGAAGCCGUUCGCCUAACCGGGAAGCGAGCGCUCGUAUCCAAAGGCUGGGGCAACAUCGGAGGAGGCAGCGAAGUACCUGAAAACGUCUUCCUGUUAGGAAAGUGUCCCCACGACUGGCUUUUCCAACAUGUUUCAUGCGUCGUCCACCACGGUGGUGCAGGUACCACCGCAGCUGGGCUGGUCCUGGGACGUCCGACAGUAAUCGUUCCCUUUUUCGGCGACCAGCCAUUCUGGGGCUCGAUUGUGGCCCGAGCAGGUGCCGGGCCGCAGCCAGUACCGUAUAAACAAUUGACGGCGGAGAAACUGGCGGACGCGAUCAAUACAGCGUUGGAGCCGUCUACGCUGGAAAAGGCCGAGGAGAUAGGCAAGGGCAUGCGGACGGAAAGAGGCGUGCAGAAUGCUGUCUGUAGUUUCCACCAGCAUUUGGAUUUACGGAGCCUACGGUGCGCAAUUUGUCCUACUCGUCCGGCGGUGUGGUGGCAUCGCCAUAUGCAUGUCAAGUUGAGUGCUUUUGCGGCGGCGGUUUUGGUGGAGGCUGGGAUUGUGAAUCCGCAUAGUUUUGAACUAUACCGUGCCAAAGAAUAUGACACCAACCGCGACCCUCGAGGACCGCUGUCUGCAGGUGCUGAGGUGUUGUACGGAGUAGUCAGUGAUUUCAUCAGUGGACUUGCAUCUGUGCCCGCUGGUGUAGCUGGGGUGUUCUCCAAUGAGAAUCACAGAAAAAAAGAUAAUCACCGUCAUCGUCAUCACCUCAGUAACCGAGACUGGGUAAGAGAUCACUGCACGGAAUCACUGGAAAAGGCGCGUGAGCAAGAAAAGGAGAGAUCUUCCCGGGGCAACGCUAAUGGCCAUACUGGAGUGGCCAGAUCCGAAGCCGACACCAGGUCCCUUCAAUCAGUGUCCCCGGAGUCGGCGAGCGAUAGUGAAUACGCCUCAGCGGAGGAAGAACAGUCGCAAAGCAGCGAAGACACUAUAAUCGAUGCCUCCGAUGACCUUGAGAAUGAGCUAGACCUUGAACGGACAAUAACUCGGAAACAGGCUAAAGAAGAUAAGAAUGGCACGAAAGAGUUUUUGACAGAAACAGGGUACCAUACUACCAAGUUCGCAAAGCAGGUGCUCAAUUUUGCGCUCAUGCUUCCCACCGACUUGACGCUCAGCUUAGCGAAGGGAUUUCAUAAUGCACCCAAGCUUUAUCAUGAUACGACGGUGCAGAAGAUUCCGAGAGUCUUGAACGUGAGGAGUGGGUUUCGAGCAGCUGGGACAGAAUUCAUGGAGGGGUUUUACUAUGGUAUUACAGGUCUUCUCACGCAGCCUGCGCGAGGUUUCCAGAAGUCUGGCGGGAGAGGUUUAGUCAAGGGGGUUGGAAAGGGGAUUGGUGGUGUGUUCUUUAAGCCAGCUGCAGGCAUCUGGGGCUUAGCAGGAUUCCCACUGGACGGAGUACAUAAGAGUCUUCGCAAUUCCUUAACCAAGAAUAAAACAAGAUACAUCCUACGGUCACGACUGGACCAAGGAAUCGAGGAGAUGUGUGUAGCAUCAACAGAGGAAAGGGCCAUGGUGAUUCAGAAAUGGCGCGAAUUAGAAGGGAACCAUCCUCAAAAUCAAAAUGGUGACGCUUAA